AUGUACGUCGCUCCCUCGGUGCUCGCCCUCGCGUCCGCCCUCGCCGUCGCGACUCCUGCGUUCGCUGCAAUCGCGCAGAGCUUCUUACCGCCAGCUGCGUCGCCUGAGUCGUCCUCCGCGAACUACACCGGACAGACGAACGGCACGAUCUCCAACACGCCCUUGGUCAAGGGCAAGGCAUUCGACCGCUUCAUCCAAAUCUGGAUCGAGAACACCGACUAUGACACGGCCGCGUCUUCACCAGUGUUCCAAAACCUGAGCAAGGAGGGCGUGCUGUUCGAUCAGUUUUACGCCGUCACCCAUCCUUCGGAGCCCAACUAUCUCGCCGCCGUAGGCGGUGACUUCUUUGGGGCGGCGGAUGACGACUUCUACCAUAUCCCGCAGAAUGUCUCGACCAUCGUAGACCUUCUCGAGGCGAAGAACAUCUCUUGGGCGUCUUACCAAGAGAACAUGCCCUACGAUGGUUUCACGGGCUUCAACUUCACACAAAAUAACUACCUGAGCAACGACGGUAACUACACGUACUACGUGCGCAAGCACAACGGCCUCAUCGUCUUCGACUCUGUCGCGAACGUCUCUGAUCGUGCACUCCGUAUCCGGAAUUUUAACGACUUCGCCAACGACCUGAAGGCGGACGUCAUCCCGCAAUGGAACUUCAUCACGCCAAACCUCGUGAACGACGGACACGACACGACAAUCGACUUCGUCGGCGACUGGCUCAACUUCUGGCUCCUCCCGCUUCUCCAGGACCCGCACUUCAACACGAACCGCACCAUCAUCCUCCUCACCUUCGACGAGACUGAAACGUACACGAUCAACAACCGCAUCUACACGCUCGCGCUCGGCGGUGGGGUACCUGCCGCGCUGCGUGGCAAGACGGACUCAACCUUUUACACGCACUACUCCGCGCUCUCCUCAGUCGAAGCGAACUGGGGCCUCGGCGCGCUUGGCCGGGGCGACACGAAUGUGACGCUCAACAACGUCUUCGAGUUCGUCGCGAACGCCUCCAACUGGACGAACAACGGCAUCACCGGCGACUCCCCUGCCAUCCCGCUGCUCAACCUGACCGGCACGAUCCCCGGCCCGCUCAACGUCGCGCUCUACCAGCCGUUCACAGCCCCGAACACCUCAGGGAUCAGCCCCGGCGGCGGGCCCGUGUUCGUCGCCCCUGGGGUGAACAGCACGCUCACCGCGACGGCGCUGCCGGCGCCCGUCAACCUCACCGCACAGGGCAAGCCGAACCCGUGGAGCCAGGACCCGGGCAUCAACUACGCCAACGGGACGAAGGUGAUUAGCCCGCAGGGCACGAACGGGGCGCUCGAAAUGGGGGUGGAUGCGUCGGUGCUGGUGUGCUUCGCGGUGGGUGUUGUUGCGGGUGUGAUCACUGUACUUUAG